ACGAGGCGUGGGUGAUGUCACCUGCGAGUUGGUAACCUACGGGCGGCUGUGAAGGGAACUGUUUAACCGGAUCCCAUUGUACCGGGAAUGCAGAGCGGCCUUUCCAGCAUGCAGCGGCUGCUCAGGUGAGGGGACACUUCAGCUCGCCCGCCGCACUCAUUCAUUAGCGGCACCGUACCGUGGCGUGGGGGUGGGCGUGCUGGUUCCUCGCGCUGUUCUCGGCGCGCCCUCCUGCUGCUUCCCGGAGCUCCUGGGCCGGUAGAAUUUAGUAAUAUCAAGACCUAGGAGAGAAUUCAACCAUGGCCCCAAGGAAGAGAGGUGGACGGGGGAUUUCAUUUAUCUUUUGCUGUUUCCGAAACAAUGACCACCCAGAAAUCACGUAUCGGCUUCGGAAUGAUAGCAACUUUGCCCUUCAGACGAUGGAGCCAGCACUGCCCAUGCCCCCUGUGGAGGAGCUGGACGUCAUGUUCAGUGAACUUGUGGAUGAACUUGACCUCACAGAUAAACACAGGGAAGCCAUGUUUGCACUUCCGGCGGAGAAGAAAUGGCAGAUAUACUGUAGCAAGAAAAAGGACCAGGAAGAAAACAAGGGAGCAACAAGCUGGCCUGAGUUCUACAUUGAUCAGCUCAACUCCAUGGCUGCAAGAAAAUCUCUGCUGGCUUUAGAGAAGGAAGAAGAAGAAGAGAGAAGUAAAACCAUCGAGAGUCUAAAGACGGCACUGAGGACAAAGCCCAUGAGGUUUGUAACCAGGUUCAUCGACUUGGACGGCCUAUCAUGCAUUCUCAAUUUCCUGAAGACCAUGGACUAUGAGACCUCUGAGUCUCGGAUACAUACAUCCCUCAUUGGCUGUAUAAAGGCACUCAUGAACAACUCUCAAGGCCGGGCCCAUGUCCUGGCGCAUUCCGAGAGUAUUAAUGUAAUUGCUCAGAGUCUGAGCACAGAGAACAUUAAAACAAAGGUGGCCGUGCUGGAAAUCCUGGGCGCCGUGUGCCUGGUUCCUGGAGGCCACAAGAAAGUUCUGCAGGCUAUGCUGCACUACCAGAAGUAUGCCAGCGAGAGAACCCGCUUUCAGACAUUAAUUAAUGACUUGGAUAAAAGCACUGGGCGCUAUCGGGAUGAAGUGAGUCUCAAGACUGCUAUCAUGUCCUUCAUCAAUGCCGUACUAAGCCAAGGAGCCGGCGUGGAGAGUUUGGACUUCAGACUCCAUCUUCGCUAUGAAUUUCUGAUGUUAGGGAUUCAACCUGUUAUAGAUAAAUUAAGGGAACAUGAAAAUUCAACAUUAGACAGACAUUUAGACUUUUUUGAGAUGCUCCGAAAUGAAGAUGAACUAGAAUUUGCCAAAAGAUUUGAACUGGUUCACAUAGACACAAAAAGUGCAACACAGAUGUUCGAGCUGACCAGGAAGAGGCUGACCCACAGUGAAGCCUACCCUCACUUCAUGUCCAUCCUGCACCAUUGCCUCCAGAUGCCUUACAAGAGAAGUGGUAACACGGUUCAGUACUGGCUGCUGCUGGACAGAAUCAUACAGCAAAUCGUUAUCCAGAAUGACAAAGGGCAAGACCCCGACUCCACGCCUUUGGAAAACUUUAAUAUCAAGAACGUUGUAAGAAUGUUGGUUAAUGAAAACGAAGUUAAGCAAUGGAAAGAACAGGCAGAGAAGAUGAGAAAAGAACACAAUGAACUACAACAGAAGCUGGAAAAGAAAGAGAGAGAAUGUGACGCCAAGACCCAAGAGAAGGAAGAGAUGAUGCAGACCUUGAAUAAGAUGAAAGAGAAGCUGGAAAAGGAGACGACUGAGCACAAGCAAGUGAAGCAGCAGGUGGCAGACCUCACAGCACAGCUCCAUGAGCUCAACAGGAGGGCCAUCUGUGCUUCAGUCCCAGGAGGACCCUCACCUGGAGCCCCAGGGGGACCCUUUCCUUCCACUGGGCUAGGGUCUCUUCUCCCUCCCCCACCAGCCCCACACCUUUCAGGUGGAAUACUCCCUCCUCCACCCCCUCCACUCCCUCCUGGGGGUCCUCCCCCUCCCCCAGGGCCUCCUCCCUUAGGAGGAAUCCUGCCUCCUCCUGGUGCUCCAGUGAGUCUGACACUCAAGAAGAAAAACAUUCCCCAGCCCACCAAUGCCCUGAAAUCCUUCAACUGGUCUAAGCUUCCUGAGAACAAAUUGGAAGGAACAGUAUGGACCGAAAUUGAUGAUUCCAAAGUCUUCAAAGUUCUAGACCUUGAAGACCUAGAAAGAACGUUUUCUGCCUACCAAAGGCAGCAGAAAGAAGCAGAUGCCAUCGAUGACACACUGAGUUCCAAACUUAAAGUCAAAGAGCUGUCAGUGAUUGAUGGCCGGAGAGCUCAGAACUGCAACAUCCUUCUGUCGAGGUUGAAGUUAUCCAAUGAUGAAAUCAAGCGGGCAAUCCUAACAAUGGAUGAACAGGAGGAUCUUCCCAAGGACAUGUUAGAACAGCUUUUGAAGUUUGUUCCUGAGAAAAGCGACAUUGACCUGCUAGAGGAACAUAAACACGAGCUGGACCGGAUGGCCAAGGCUGACCGCUUCCUGUUUGAGAUGAGCAGAAUUAAUCAUUACCAGCAAAGACUGCAAUCACUGUACUUCAAAAAGAAGUUUGCCGAGCGUGUGGCAGAAGUGAAGCCCAAAGUGGAAGCAAUUCGGUCUGGCUCUGAGGAGGUGUUCAGGAGCAGCGCCCUCAAGCAGCUCCUAGAGGUGGUUCUGGCUUUUGGGAAUUAUAUGAAUAAAGGACAAAGAGGCAAUGCAUACGGCUUUAAGAUCUCCAGCCUCAACAAGAUUGCUGACACAAAAUCCAGUAUUGACAAGAACAUUACCCUUUUGCACUAUCUAAUAACUAUUGUGGAGAAUAAGUACCCCAAGGUCCUCAAUUUAAAUGAAGAACUGCGGGAUAUUCCUCAAGCAGCGAAAGUAAACAUGACCGAGCUGGACAAAGAGAUAAGCACCCUGAGAAGUGGCCUGAAAGCUGUGGAGACUGAGCUGGAAUACCAGAAGUCUCAGCCCCCGCAGCCUGGAGACAAGUUCGUGUCUGUUGUCAGCCAGUUCAUCACUGUGGCCAGCUUCAGCUUCUCGGAUGUUGAAGAUCUUCUAGCAGAAGCGAAGGAGCUGUUCACUAAAGCAGUGAAGCACUUUGGGGAAGAGGCUGGCAAAAUACAGCCGGAUGAGUUCUUUGGGAUUUUUGAUCAGUUUCUUCAAGCCGUAGCAGAAGCGAAACAGGAGAAUGAAAACAUGAGGAAAAGGAAAGAGGAGGAAGAGCGGCGAGCUCGCCUGGAAGCACAGCUCAAAGAACAGCGGGAGAGAGAACGUAAGAUGAGGAAGGCCAAGGAGAACAGUGAGGAAAGUGGCGAGUUUGACGACCUGGUGUCAGCCUUGCGCUCAGGAGAAGUGUUCGACAAAGACCUUUCAAAACUCAAACGGAACCGCAAGCGCAUUUCCAACCAAGUGACGGACAGCAGCCGGGAGCGACCAAUCACAAAGCUGAAUUUUUAAUAUUCUCAUGUCCUUUUCUAGAAAGCGCAGUAGCAGCCCUUUGUACUGACUAGAACUUCUCAUUACACUGCCUUGCGACCCAAACAAUGGCAAUUUCUUCCCUCAUCUGUGAGUGAAGGUGUGAAUGUGUGUGUGUGUAAAUGUAUGUGUAUAUAUGUGAAAAUGUAUAUAGAAGUCUAAGUGUUGUCCGGGGACCUAUGUGUAUGCUUAAAGUUUAUGUUCAUGUGUGUGCCCAGAAACUCUUUGUGUAUGCAUUGGUAUUGAGUGGGGCGCCUUUUGCUUUCCCUGAACACAACUGUUCACAAGCACAAUGCUCUCUCCUGAACAGACAACA